AUGCUGAAAAAGGCAAGAAGCUCUUUGUUCAGAAAUGCUCUCAGUGCCACACAGUUGAAAAAGGGGGGCCACACAAGACUGGCCCAAAUCUUUGGGGUAUGUUUAGUCGCAAAACAGGACAAGCUGCAGGAUACUCUUACUCAGAUUCAAACAAGAACAAAGGAUCGUCGCUUUAAUGAUGAGAUUGACAAACUGACUGGAUACAAGACAAAGUCAUUGUUGUGCAUGCCCAUAAGAAACAACGAUGGAGAGAUUAUUGGUGUUGCCCAAGCAAUAAAUAAAACUCCUGGAGGUGCUCCUUUUCUUGACGACGAUGAAAAAGUGAUGCAGAUGUACCUCCCAUUUUGUGGAAUUGCCAUAUCUAACGCCCAGUUAUUUGCUGCUUCAAGGAAGGAAUAUGACAGAAGCAGAGCUUUGUUGGAGGUAGUUAAUGACCUCUUUGAGGAACAGACAGACUUAGAGAAAAUUGUUAAGAAAAUCAUGCAUCGAGCCCAAACUCUGUUGAAGUGUGAACGAUGCUCAGUUUUACUCCUGGAAGACAUUGAAUCACCAGUGGUGAAGUUUACAAAAUCCUUUGAGUUGCUGUCUCCAAAAUGCAGUGCUGAAGCUGAGAGCAGUUUCAAAGACAGUAUGGAGAAAUCAUCAUCUUAUUCUGACUGGCUAAUAAAUAAUAGCAUUGCUGAGCUAGUAGCUUCCACGGGUCUUCCAGUGAACAUCAGUGAUGCAUAUCAGGAUCCUCGUUUUGACGCUGAAGCUGACCAGUUUUCUGGCUUUCACAUAAGGUCUGUUCUUUGUGUUCCUAUAUGGAAUAGCAGCCACCAAAUAAUUGGGGUAGCUCAAGUGUUGAACAGGCUUGAUGGGAAACCUUUUGAUGAUGCUGAUCAGCGAUUAUUUGAGGCUUUUGUUAUUUUUUGUGGCCUGGGCAUCAACAACACAAUAAUGUAUGACCAAGUGAAGAAAUCUUGGGCAAAGCAAUCUGUGGCUCUUGACGUGCUGUCCUACCAUGCAACAUGUUCAAAGGCAGAAGUUGACAAAUUUAAGGGAGCAAACAUACCACUGGUGUCAGAGCUUGGCAUUGAUGAUAUCCAUUUUGAUGACUUUUCACUUGAUGUGGAUGCCAUGAUUACUGCAGCUCUCCGGAUGUUCAUGGAGCUUGGAAUGGUUCAGAAAUUUAAAAUUGACUAUGAGACGUUGUGUAGAUGGCUUUUGACAGUUAGGAAGAAUUAUCGAAUGGUUUUGUAUCACAACUGGAGGCAUGCUUUCAAUGUGUGCCAACUAAUGUUUGCAAUGUUAACUACGGCAGGAUUUCAGGAGAUUCUGACUGAAAUUGAAAUUUUAGCUUUGAUUGUGGGAUGUUUAUGUCAUGACCUUGACCACAGGGGAACCAACAAUGCCUUCCAAGCCAAGAGUGGAUCAGCUUUGGCUCAACUUUAUGGAACUUCUGCACCUUUGGAGCACCAUCAUUUUAAUCACGCUGUCAUGAUUCUUCAAAGUGAGGGUCACAACAUCUUUGCUAACUUGUCCUCCAAGGAGUACAGUGACCUUAUGCAGCUUCUGAAGCAGUCAAUAUUGGCAACAGAUCUCACUCUGUAUUUUGAGAGAAGGACUGAGUUUUUUGAACUUGUUAGUAAAAGCAAUUACAAUUGGAAUGUCAAAAGCCAUCGAGAAAUAUUUCGAUCAAUGCUAAUGACAGCCUGUGACCUCGGAGCUGUGACCAAACCGUGGGAGAUUUCAAGACAGGCAGCUGAAUUGGUAACCAGCGAGUUCUUUGAACAAGGAGACAGAGAGAGAUCUGAACUCAAACUCACUCCUUCAGCUAUUUUUGAUCGGAACAGGAAAGAUGAACUACCCAGGUUGCAGUUGGAAUGGAUUGAUAGCAUCUGCAUGCCUCUGUAUCAGUCUCUAGUGAAGGUGAAUGUGAAACUGAAGCCCAUGUUGGACUCUGUGGCAGUAAACAGGGGUAAAUGGGAGGAGCUGCACCAGAAAACACUUCUCUCCCAAACAGUAACCUCCUCGUCUUCCAGCUUUACUUUGUCUCUUAAAGACAUACAUUAAGCCUGCGAACGUCAGCUGCUGUUAUAACGACAGAUGUCUGAAAGGCAGAGUUGUAAGUUUAGUCACAUCAUUUUUUUAAAAAUGCUUCCACAGACAUGAUUAAUUGAUUGGAUAUAAUUUUGCUGGCCAUGGCUUUUAUGUAGGAGUUCAGUUGGUCAGAAAAGAAGGCCUGUAAUAAGAUGAUGCUGAUAUCUGGAGUCACAUGGAGCUGCUUGUGCUGUAUCUUCCACCACAUUUCAACUGCUGCUGUAAUAAAAACCAAAACACACACACACACGCUACAGACUGAAAUACAAGAACUUACAGCUGAAUAAAACUAAUAAUACAGAGCAGACUUGGAAUGCACAUUUAUCAAUGCACAUGCAAGGAGCUGCAGGAAGACAGAAUAGUGUGUAAUUACUUCGUCGUUUUGCAUAUUUUCAGUAUUUGUUACGAACCAACUAUGCCUGCUUUUGUAAUGUUUCUCUCAUUCUUCCUUCCUCUUUUAUGCUUGAGUGUUCUGAAAAGCCUGCUUUGUAUUCUACAGAAGUAUUUUUUUUUUUUACAACAAAGCUUCUUAGUGAUUGAUCAGGGCCUUUAGAAUUGCCUGUCUUCGCUACAUUUAAAAAUAAAUUUUAUUAUCUUUAAAAAUACCAACCUGUCCCAGCUCCCCUAAGAUAUUCAUAUUAACAAUGCAGUGAAUUACUCUGCAGGUGGAAAUUUGUAUAAAGGCAAAAAUUAUUGCAUGGCAAUUUGAAUCCAUUUUUUUAGAAAUACUAUUUUAAAAGCAUUCAUUUUUUAAGCUGCACUGUCCAUCCCGCCUCCCCCCCACAAGGAAAGGGCUAAUGGCCUUUAAUGAAAAUAGGAUAAAAAGGAAAUGUAUUGCCUUGUACUAGAGAAUCUGCAUUGAAGAAUUUACUAUGGAUGUGUCUUUCUGAUAUAAUUUCCAACAGAGGUGAAUAUUUUGACUGUUACACAUAAGAAAUGGUGGGGGGGAAUAGAGUACCAUCACACUGGAUAUUGACUACCUCUUAUUUCUCUGACCAUCUCUUUUACCCUAUUACAGCUAGCAGAAAGCAAAUCCACGGUCACAUAUCUGAUAAACAGUUGUACACAACCUUUUAAUCAAUUGUGAUAGAUCAAGAAUUCAAACAUGUCUAGUUCUCAGUGACCACAGUAGCACAAGAAAGUUGGCCUCUUCCAGUUAGUGCAGAGAUCCUUGGCAAAACAGCCCUGUAAUCUGAGACUGCUUGCUCUAUUCCAGGCACCUGAAUACAAGAGGAUGCAUGAUAGAAUGCUUCCCACCUUUAGGGCUUCUUAAGCAUGAAACUGCGCCAUUCUGGAAAAAAAGUGUUACUUUGGUCAUCAGUUAUUGAAGCCCAUGACAAUGUCAUUUUGAAACUAGGAAUGGCUACCACUAGGUAAAAACAGCAUAAGAAAUUAAAGCCAGAUUACCCUGGUGUCAAACCAGAAUAACUCCCCCAACUUCAGUGGAGAUACUCUGGAUUUUCAUUGGUAUAACUGAAAUCAGAAUUACGCACAGGACAAUAUUUUCAAAAAAGAGCCAAGUACCAUCCUCUCCUAAAUCAGGUGGGCACUGAGCACUUUUGAAAAUCUGACCAUCACUAUCUAAUUGACAAUUUUAAAAAAGAUGUCCAUUUAUUAAAAUGCUUUGUACUAUUUAUAAUUUGUGUAGACAUUAGAAUGCCUGAAGAUUCCAGAACCACCGCAAGAAAAUCUAGUUAUCUAAACCACUGAACCAUAUCACGUUUGGUACCAAAGAGAAAUGGGGGGGGGGAACUAUGCUAUACAGAGAUGAAUACCUGCCCUGUAUGAACUUGUUUCUGUUAUCUCUCCACCUCCUCACUCCUUCCCCAGUAAUGAAAACGCUAUGAUAGUCUGCUUCAAACUGUAUAAAACUUAUUUAAUAUUCACUUUAUGGGAAAAGCAGAGACCAUGACUGACUUGGUACUGCUGUCAGCUAUACAUAGCUUUCCUGAAUUUUGAUAUUGCAUAUUGGCAAGUGUACCAUAAUUUAAAAUACAUAUCCUAUAGCUUCCUCCAAGCUCCAGUUUUCUCAUUUCCUUUCCUUUUUAUUGGCUUCAGUGCACUGUUGCCCAUAGCAACACCCACUGGCAGUGAUAGGAAUUCAACUCUGCUGCAUCCUGACAUACAGUUAAGGCCUUAACAAUGUCAACCAUCAAUCAAAUGGCUAUUUGUAAUUGCCUCCAUCUAUUUUUCCUGUCUUCUGGUAUCUUUUCUAUUGUGGGUCAAAAUUCAGAAACUGCUGACUAAUGCAAUGGUUCUAUUCCUCCACAACAAGAAAGCAAAUGAAAAAGUAACAAGAUCCUCAUCAAAUUCUGCUUUCAAACACAUUAAUGCAGUUCUGUUGAAAGCAGUAAGGUUGUACUUAACUGGUGGAAGUGAGAACAGAAUUUGACCACUAGUGUUUUUAAGACUGAAAUACUAAAGUCUUGAGAAAAAAAAAUCUUAUCACUAAAAUUUUCACACUUUUAGCUCAAAAUCCUGGCAACACAUUUCCAUUUUUUUCAGAAAAGGAAGAUUCUGUACAAAAAAAACAUACAAUACUGGUUCUCAAACUUAAGAUGGUGUCAGGGACCUUUUUCACUGUGCAUCAGCUUCAUUUAAAAAGGUUUCGGUGUUUGUUGGUUGGUGCAAAAACAGCUUUUCUAGAGAAACUGAAACUUUGCCUGAACUUAAUCUGUUUUGUAAGCUUAUUCUAGGAAAAAAUUGCAAGAGAGAUCACUGAAAAGUAGAAUAAGGGCCAAAUCCCGCAGUCCUGGCUCAGUUCCCUGCCCUUCACUGGUGCAGAGACCCAGCUGGGUUCCACUGCAAAAGUGGGAGGAGCAGAUGGGGGAGGGAAGGCUUGUAGGGAGUGUAUAUCCCUUAACACACGGAAUCUAUGGGGCUCAACAGGGGUUUAGCAGGACACAGGUGGGGCAGAGGAUGAUCGAUUGGUACCCAGAAAGGGGGGCUACUAUCAGUGUUCCAUUUUUUCCCACACGUUGGGAAUGAAUUUUGUUAAGUACAACAAUAUGUAGGUGAUGUUGACACAUCACCGUCAUAUUGGUGCACAUAACAAAAUUCACAUGGUGGGAGUGAGGCCGAGGGGUUUGGAGUCGGCUCAGG